UAAAUAUAAGUACAUAGGUGUCACCUUUAUAUGGCAUUUUCUAACAAUAAGUAGACUUUCAGAUAACCUCAAAUAUUAUAAUUUUCCAAAAUCUUUUUCGCCUUCAUUAUUUAAAAAAUUCUUUCUUUCUUUUAUUUUUUUUCUUUUUCUUUUCUACAUCUAAAACGAUUUUCGUCCAAUUUUUUUUGAUUAACUUUAUUAUACUUUUUAUAUUAAAAAUUAUUAUCUGCUUGUUUAUGUCCAAAAAGCUCUUCCCUUCUCCCUUCCCUUUUUUCUUUUUUAUUUUUCUCAUCUUUCUUUCCCAAUUUGUCCAGCUGCCACUAAAUUUUUUUUCUUUUUUUUCUAUCGAUUUCCCCUUACCUACAAUUUUACCUCAAUUCUCCCAUUAUUUCUCUGAGAGUGUUUUUAUUAUUUUUUUAUUAAAUAACAAGAAAAUUAAAUAAUAAAUAAAUAUUUUUAUUUUUUAAAUUUAAUUCAAGUUUUUUAAUAUUUUUUCUACAAAUAAUUAACCAUAAAAAAGGUUGGAAAUUAAUUUUUGGAGAAAUUAGGGAAAUAAUAAAUAAUUAUAAUUCCUCUCACGUGUUUUUA